AUGAGCAUUCAGGCGAGGUGGGCCCAAUCCAAGGCAUGGAGGUCGAGAAUCUAGCGCGGAGGAACUCAAUCCGGUGCGGAAGGAGUUCGAUCUCUGUAGCGCGGGCUCGAUUCGGAGGCCCGACGCCGCGAUCCUUCGCACUUGCAUGGCGCCGCCGCGGCCUUCGUCUGCCCUCCCGGCGUGGGCGACGGACAACGCCCUCUUACGCCGCCACCGCCGCCUGCUGCCGCUCGUCCUCCCCGCCGUCUCCCACCGCGACCUCCUCCCCGCUCUGUGCUACUGCCUCGUCUCCGGCCUCGCCCGCAACCCCUUCGUCGCCUCGCGCCUGCUCCUCGCGUCCUCCGGCCUGUCCCUCCCCUUCUCCCUCCUCCUCCUCUCCCACCUCCCGGCCUCCUCCCUCUCUCCGUUCUCCUUCAACUCGCUCAUCCGCGCCUCCCCGCCCGGCCUCGCGCUCCGCCUGUUCGACCAAAUGCGCCGGCGAGGCUUCUCCCCGGACCCCUACACCCUCCCGUUCCUGAUCCGCGCCUGUUCCGGCAGUGAUCCUCCACUGUGCCAGUCUCUGCACGGGCAAGGCUUCCGUCUUGGCUACGGCGGCCACCUCUUCACGCAGACGGCGCUGAUGAACAUGUACUUUGCCUGCGGGUCAGUGCUCGCCGCUCGCAGGGUGUUCGAGGAAAUGCUGGCGAGGGAUGUGGUUGCAUGGACGGGCAUGGUCUCUGGUUACGUAGACUCCGGGAUGUACCUGAAAGCAGCUGAGGUGUUUCAGCAGAUGAGAGGCGCUGAUGAUCUCGUCCGGCCUAAUGAGGCAACGGUGGUGUCAGUUGUCUCUGCCUGUGCCGGUCUGGGCUCCCUGGAGUACGCCAAGGGGCUGCAUUCGUAUUUGGAGAAGAUUGGUUUGGAGGGCGAGUUGAUUGUCAGGAAUGCAUUGAUUGACAUGUAUGGUAAGUGUGGCUGCAUUGAGUCAGCUCGUGGGUUGUUUUGUUUGAUGCAUGAGAAGGACCGGCAUUCAUGGACAGCAAUGAUUUCAGGACUAGCUUCACAUGGGCAUGGCAACGAAGCAGUUGCUUUGUUCUUCCGCAUGUUGGAGGCGGGAGUACGUCCUGAUUCGACUACCUUCAUCGUGGUUCUGUCUGCUUGCAGCCAUGCUGGAUUGGUGGAUGAGGGGAUACAUGUCUUCAAUUCCAUGGAGAGUGAGUACCACGUCUCUCCGAGCAUCAAACACUAUGGUUGCAUGGUGGACCUUUUCAGCAGAGCAGGGUUUGUUCACCGUGCUUAUGAAUUCAUUAGCACUAUGCCUUUUGAACCAAACUUGGAGAUUCUUGGGGCCCUGCUGAGUGCAUGCAGUAUCAAUAAUGAAUUGGAGAUUGGGGAGCUCGUGCUCAGUAAGAUUGAUUCAGUCUGCUCAUACAAAGGAGGUGCUGGUGUGCUUCUGUCCAACAUAUAUGCUAACCAAAACCUGUGGCAGGAAGUGGAUAUCAUUAGAAGGAAGAUAAGAACUGAAGCAAUUGCCAGGAAGCCGCCUGGUCAGAGUUUGGUUGCAACAGAAGUUUCUUGCACGAGUUUGUGAUUCAUAAUUUAGCAUAUUACUUUAAUUGAAGCUGCUGCUCCUGAUUUAGGACAGAUGAUGAGGACUCCAUGUAUUGAUUCCUGGGGAUGGGUGGCUCAGGACGUUUGCUUUCGAUGAUUCUGUAGGCCAGCUGAAAUGUAAGGUGUUGUUUUGAGGAGAGUGAUCCCUUCGGACACCAGCUGUCUCUUCAAUGCUGUGGGAUACGUGAUGGAACACAACGGAAUAAGGCUUCUGAGCUCAGACAGACAACUUCAACCAAAUAUUUAGCAGUAGCAGCAGCAGUUGUGAGUGAUCCUGAAAAGUUCAAUGAAGCCUUUCUGGUAAACAAAUGAAUUCUACUGUGCUUGGAUUUUGGGGUCUCAGAAGUGGGGAGCUGUGACACACACAACCAAUGUCUCUUUGACAAUGUCACAACUUUGGAUGGUAUUCUGUCAAUUAGGCCUGCAACAGAAUGGUAUGACAAUUUUCCAUGGACUGGACUUCUCCACAAAUCUUGGCAUAUCAUAUGAUAUUGAACGAAGCAUUUUCCCACAAGAAAGGACAUAUGGUGAUAUCUUUGUUUUCCGAUGCUUACACCUGAUACUACAAAAUAGCCAGGACUUGAUAGUCCAUAAUUCCUCAUUAGGCAUCUCCACCAUAAAUGUAUGAACCUCCAUUAGAAGCCUAUGACUUAGUUUCAGAGUCUUGGCAAUGAUGCUGUUCUGUUGUACCGGAGCUCCUGAUAUUUGACAGGUUAGGAAACUUGCAAAAAUAUAAGAAAUCAAACCUGAGUGUUUGGUGGCUAUCCAGGGUCCAGACAUGUUUCUUGUUUUAAGAUGCCAAAGAUGCUUAUGGCUGAACUUUUAGAAAUUAAACUGAGAUUGUAAAAUUAAUGACAUUACUCUUCCGCAA